CACUGUAGGCCUAGUAGUAGAGGAGGUAGCUGUUCUCACAAAUUAAAUAUCUUGGCCGGUCUAAUACGUACCGUAUAGUCUAAUUCUUAUACUAAAUCUGUAAGCGUAUUUAUAUAGGCCUAUGUAGGCCUAUAUGUUUGUUUUAUUGCAAUACAUUGACACUUAUAAAGAUGCCUGUUGCAAAUGAAACUGUUGCAUUGGACCAAAGCAAAAUUGUAGAUGAAACUACUGGUAUACAGAAGCCAGCAUUGGAUGUUUUUUGGAUGGACAAGGUUGACUUCAUUGAAUUCAGUCCAUUACCAACCACUGAUGACCAAGCGUCCCUUGAGGAAUGGGCAGACAGGCUAGCAUUCAUAGAAGAAGAUCUAAAAAGGUUGUUACGUCAACCUUACCACAAAUUCUGGAGCCAGAUGGUGUUUGACAGUAGUCUCCACUUGUGCUUAGACUCCUACCUACGUCAUGCUCCAAGGUGUUUUGAUGUGUUGACUCAUGUACCAGAGCAAUAUCAAGACAGUCUAAAGCAUGUGCACAGACUUGUGUUUAUGGCCUUCCUUCGAAUAGCAACUCACAAGGAAUCAAAGGAACAUUUCAUAACACCAGAUAUAUUUGGUAAUAUUCUGUACGAGAACUUCCUUUUUGAUGUCCCUAAGUUGAUGGAUCUUUGUGUCCUGUAUGGGACUGGCAAUGCAAAGCUUCUCACCAAAAUGAUCAACAAUGUGUUUUCUCAGCAACCUAAGUACACAGAUGACUUGAAAGCUGUCAUUCCAACUAUAUUUGAGGUAUUUGAUAGCAUCAGCAGUAGGUGUGGUGUUCCUGAAUAUGAAGCCAAGGUAUCCCAAAAUGCUCAUGGAAAAAACGGUUUGCUGAUAAUGCCUGUUGUUGAUGUAAAGGAUAUGUUGCACUACCUUGCCGACAUCGCCCAGUCACUGAUUGCUUUCAUUGAAAUAUACACACCUGCUGCUGAGGUUUUUUCUGAAGCUGGCUUUGUAAACAGAUUGGCAGCUUUAUAUGAAGGUGUAGUGCCUCAAUUAAAGACAGCUCUAAAAGAAAGGCAGUGGGAAACCCGAGAAUUGAAAGUCACUAUUAAGAAUCAGUUGAGAUUUGCUGAGUCAUCGAUCAUUGAACUCUGCCACAGUCUUCUUAAUAGGACUUGCAUCCAACAAAUUUUGGAGAAUAGUGAUUCUAAAGGGAUUGUUCAGAAGAAGAGCGAGGACUUUUUGGAUGCAAUUUCCUCAAUAUUAGCUGAAAAGCUCUUUGUGGCUGACUUUGACGAGAAACACUCAAUUGAGGCUGAUUUGCAGCUACUCCAACAAAUCGACCAAGAUAAUGUCUUAGAUGGAAAUCGAGUAAGAUUUAUAUUGGAUGGUGUGCGUGCUACAAAAAGGAAAGACAAGAAAUCCAAAACAAAUGAUAUAACAGAAAAUGUAGGCGCAAAAGCUGGUGGUGAGGAUCCAAGAAUGAUGGCAGUUGCAGUGAAGGCAGAUGACGACGUUGGUGUCAGUGCAGAAAGUGUUGAUGCAAGAUAUGAGAGUGAAGCUUAUCUCCAAGAAUUUGCAGGGGUUGCUGUGCCUACUGAUGUUGAAAUAAGCUCUAUGAUAUCCUCUGUCCAAGACCUUCUACCUGAUCUGGGAGAUGGAUUUAUUGAGGCUUGCUUGGAAGAGUUCAACUUUGAUGUAUCCCAAGUUAUUGAUAAGAUCUUAGAGGAAAAAUUACCAGCAUCGUUGAAUGGACUUGAUCACAAGAUGGCGAGGUCCGUAAAACCAAAAGAGGAAACUCUACUAUCUCAACGUAAUAACAUCUUCGACAAUGAUGAAUUUGAUGUUUUUAAUAAGAAGGCAGCUCUGGACAAGUCAAGGGUUCAUAAGGGAAAAAAAAAAGAAGAAAAUGUUGAGAAGUUGUUAGAAGACAAAUCACAUGUUAAAGGCAUGAAGGAUCUGUACACCGAGCUAGGAUACACGUAUGAUAAUGAAUAUGAUGAUGAGUAUGAUGAUACAUAUGAUACCAUCAACGUUGGAGCCACUGAUGCGGAUUCAGCUGAUGAACUAGCUGAUGAAAGAGCAUUUACUACUCCACGCAUCCUGCAGCAAAUCAAUAGAAAGUCAGUAAAUGAUGGAGCCCGUUAUGAAGUGACAGAGGAACUGCCUGAAGACCCUGGUCCACCGAGGGAUGAGUUUGUCCAGAACCCUGCAGUCCUUCGCGAGAAACGUGAACAGAGGUACCAGCAACGGCAAAAGGAGAAAAGCAAGACCAGACAAGACAACUUAAAGGGCAAACCGAAAGGUCAGGGACAGGACAACAGCACAGUGCAAGCAAGGCGACGCAAAGAAGCAAACAAGUCACAGAGGUCAAACCACAAUAGGAAAGCCAUGGCAAGCAAAAAGAUGGCCAAAGGCAUGUGAUCAUAAGAACUUGUAUUUAUAUUAAAAUGAUUCAACUCAAAUAACAAAAUCUCAAACAGUAAUAAAAAUAUAUUUUUAUGAAUUUAGUUCAUCCAUCCAAAUAGGAUGGAUGAUGGUGUAUGUCACAAUAUAUAAUUAGUACCAUUUUAUUAUUACCGGUUUUUAAUAUUGAUUGCGUAUACCGGUAUGUGCAGGUAAUCCUAUAUCACUCCUGGAGAAAUAAAGUUUUUGCAGUAACCUGGUCAACUUCUCAGCCUUUUAGGCAACAUAUACACGCCUAAAAUUCUCCCUUACCUAUAGCAAGGAACAGCACAAACAUUUUAAUAUCUGAAUAAAGCAACAACCAGGAAUAUAAUUUAUUUACUUGUUCCUUGUUCCACUAUCAUGUUGAAGACACUGGCUAUCAUUGACAAUGAGAAUGGUUAACAUAUUAACCAUUUAACAAAGUUUGGGCCACCAUUUUCUCUUACAACUUUACGUCUGCGAUACUGAUGCAGUUCAGCAAUCAUACCAUUGGUCAUUUAACAAAGUAUAGUGGUGUUGAUCAGAAUUAGAGAAGCUAGUCUACCUUAAUAAAUUAUGUGUUUUUGUAGCGCUAUACAGCAGUGAAUUAUUUCUGGGUACCAUUGCAUCUGUUCUCUUUUCUUGAACAACAAUUUCUGUUGCUCCCACAACAUCCUGGCUGCUGAGCCAAGCCAAACUAUUGUCUUGAAAACAUAUCAAGAAAUGUAUAACGAAAACAAAAAUACAAAGUAAAAAGGCUAUGCACCAACUACUGUAUAGUCAUAAAAAAAAAAAAAAAAAAAAAAAAAAAAAAAGAUAAAAAAAAAAAACCAAAAAAAAAAAAAAAAAAAACAACUUUGUACAGUAGAACCCCUAUUAAGGGGACACUUCGGGUCCAAAAAAAGUGUCCCCUGAAUAGCUAUUUAGGGGACGUCACUAAACAAGAACGUGAAAUCGUCCCAUUAAUAGGGGUUUUUGGCAUGUUUUCAUUAUGCAGUGACAUACAAUUCUUUAUAAUUUUAUUUUUAUUGACAUUAAUAGGGGUGUCCCUUUAAUAGGGUUUGGCCAAGUGUUAAAAGAUAUCGCCCCUCGUUUCACAGAGGGGUGUCCCCUGAAUAGGGGUGUCCCAAAGGAGGAGUUCUACUGUACAGUAUUUUCAGUGAUCUUUUGUCAAAGCCGCCUUUUUUUCAAUCCCGAACUUCGGACCACCUUCCUCUUUCAAGUACGUAUUCACAAUUUCUUCCAAUCACAUUCCACCCGUCAUUGGCUGUUACCCAAACUGAUCCAUAUUUUUUAUCUGGGCCAUUUUCGUUACAUUACCCCCUCCCCCACCACCAUAAAAUACUGAGUUACAACCGGUUAUUAUAAAAUACAUUUUAAACUUUAAAUAUUAAUUCUCUUUAAGGAAUUAAACAGAAACUGUGCAGUAAAUUUAAUUCAGUUGAACUAUAUUUUUUUUAAUAAGUUGUAAAUAUUAAUUCUCUUUAAGGAAUUAAACAGAAACUGUGCAGUAAAUUUAAUUCAGUUGAACUAUAUUUUUUUAUAUAACUCGGCCAUGUAUUACUGAACAUAAAUUACUGUAUAUGUAGAAAAUACAACAUAGGGCUAUCUGUUUUAACAGUCACAUGGUAAUUGUAAUGGUAGGUUAUUUGUAGAGCGCCUUCCACAAUAAAAUCGUCUCAAGGCACAUGUCCGUGUCUUCUUCGUAGAUCUUCGCCUCCACUAAUUUACUCACCAGCUUGCCACCUUUUAAAUGUACCGCGGUGAUUUUCUGUUCCUGAACUAAUUUUCGUUUUGUCCCUUUUUCGGCUGUCAUUGAUCUCACUUCACCAUCUGGUGCCUCAUCCUCGGUCGAAUCCUCCUAUUGUGACUUUGGGUCAGUUAUACAAAUUUGUUUACCAAUGCUUGUGGUUCACAGUCCGGAAGGAUAGAGCUCAAAUAAAGCAUAGAUGUCUUGUCCUAUACAAAUUCUUGUGGUAAGUUCACUGAAACCAAUCGUUUUUUGGAAUGCAACCAGACAGGACGAUUCUUAUCAGGCCCUUUAGUUUUUUUUUUUUUUAUGUUAUUUCGAAUUAAGUACAUGGUGUUUCUUGUUCCCAACAAACAGGCCAAGAUUGUAGCGUGUCACACAUAACAGAAGUGGUGAUGCAUUCGAUAGCGAUUCAUGGCCAAUUCUCCUUUUUAUGUAUCUUGGGUAGACAAUAUAACCUUGAUGUGAUUUCAGCAGUUUGGAAACAAUGUGUUCUUUUGUUUGUUAUCUUGUCAUCUCUUUUUAGAAUAUUAAAUACAGAAAAUUUCAGUUUU